UAGAACAAACCGGAAUACUCACACAUGGGUGGUUUUGUUUUUGCUUCCUAACUACACUAAACUUUCCAAUCAAUUAAUUCAAGCAUUUGGGUCUUCUCUCUCAAAAUAUUCUCUUCAUUGGCUUUCUGGGUUGGUUGGUGAAGAAACUAAAGUAUCUAUCUUUUAUCUUCACUCUUUUUCUUCUUGUGCAAAAAAUCAAGUUUUUAUUUUUAUUUUAUUUUUGUUUUAGAUCAAGUUUAGUCCUUUCUUUCAAUUUCAUCAUCACCCAACUUCUUUCAAAAUUUCUAUGUUUAAUUGGGAUGAUAAUGACCCAAUUGGGAAUAAAAAAUCAAUAAAAAACCCCACUUUUGGAAUUGUGAAAGUCGCUUUCUUUGAAGUGGUAUCAGAUGUUUUCUGUUGCAUAAUCUCUUCAUAGGAUUUGAAAGAAUCUUAUCAUCUUUUGCUUCCUUAAUUGGUUACAACUACACAAUACAUCAGAUCUUUUCCAUUAUGUACUGAUAAGUACACACCCAAAAGAAGAAAGAAAAAAAAAAAAUUAUCCAUUUUUUCUUUAUCUAUUUUCUCUCUCCUCUUUCAAACAGUACCAUAUACCAAAAAACCAUACACCAUAAACAAGCAGAGAAUAAUUUUCAAGAGGAGGAUUUUGGAAAGUUUGAAACUUGAAGGAAGUUUUUGUAAAAAGAUUAGAUCUUUGAUAUGGACUGUGGAGUUGAAUUUCAAGAUCUGCAUGCAAAGUUGGUGAAUGAUACAGAACAAGUUGGUUUUGGAAUUGGAACUGCAGAAGAAGAAGAAAAUUUAGUGCAAGUUUCUGAGAGAGAGAUGUGGCUUAAUAAUACUACUAAUGAUCAAGUUGAUCAUCUUUUAGGUAUGAAUGAUGAUGCAUCUAUGUUUUAUGCUGAUUUCCCUCCUUUACCUGAUUUUCCAUGCAUGUCAUCAUCAUCUUCUUCAUCUUCAUCUUCUACACCAUUGAAAACCAUUGCAUGUUCAACAACAACAACAACAACCUCUUCUUCUUCCUCUGCUUCUUCUUCCUCUGCUGCUUCUUGGGCUAUUUUGAAAUCAGAAGAUGGAAACAAAAUGAAGAACCAUGGUUAUGAUAAUAACAUGCAUCAAAAUGAUGUUUCAUUAUUAGAUCAUCAUCAUGGUCAUGCAAAUACUUUGUCAUCAACAGCUUCUAUGGAGAUUUCUCAACAACAACAACAACAACAACAUGAGAAUAAUAAUAUUGGUCUUUCUACCAAUGAUUGCAUGGAUGAUGUUAUUAUGGAAACUUUUGGUUACAUGGAGCUUUUAGAAGCAAAUGAAUUUUUUGACCCUUCUAUUUUUCAAAAUGAAGAUAACCCUUUAGUUGAUUUCACACAAGAACAACAACAACUACAAGUGCAACCACAACAUCAAGGAGAAUAUCAUCAUGAACAUGCAAUGGUAGUGAAUGAGAGUGAAACUAAACAACAAGGGAUUGAAGAAGAUAAUAAUGUUUUUGUUUGUGAUGUUGUAAAUAAUGAAGAUGAGAUACAAGGUGAAGAAGAAAGUGGAUUUGAUGGUGUAAAUGAUGAGAUGAGUAUGGUUUUUUUGGAGUGGCUUAAAUCUAAUAAAGAUAGUGUAUCAGCUAAUGAUUUGAGGAAUGUGAAGCUUAAGAAAUCAACAAUUGAAAGUGCUGCAAGGAGAUUAGGUGGUGGAAAAGAAGGGAUGAAACAAUUGUUGAAACUUAUUCUUGAAUGGGUUCAAACUAGUCAUCUUCAAAACAAAAGACACAAACAGAACAACACAACAAUGCUUUCAAAUGUUCUUGUUCCUCAACAACAACAAUUUCAAGAUCCAUGUCAAAACCAAAACACAUUUGCACCUGAAUCAACAAACACUUGUUUUAACCAAACACAAUGGCUUAUAGAUCAAACACCUCUCAUUGUAAAUCCACCACAAUUUUCAUCACAACCAAUGGUUGGAUAUGUUGGUAGUGACCCUUACACAAAUGGUUCUGUUUCAAAUAACCCUUAUAACCAACAACAUGUUACUAAUGAAUUUCAACACAUGUUGGAAUCAAAUAAUUCAUGGGGUGGUUCUCAAUUCACUAUUGCAGCAGCAUCACACUACAAUCAAUCAUUUGGGGAGAAUAAUAGUAACAACAACAACAAUAAUAUGCUGCAACAUGGUGUGAGUUUUGGAGGAUAUGGAAACCAAUAUCCUUAUCAGUUUUUUCAUGGACCUGGUGAUAGGUUAAUGAGGUUAGGUCCUUCUGCUACAAAAGAAGCUAGGAAGAAAAGAAUGGCAAGACAAAGAAGGUUUAUGUCUCAUCAUAGGAAUCAUAAUAAUAAUAAUAAUCAACAUCUUCUCAAUAAUCAUCAAGGUUCUGAUCCACUUGGAAGAUUAGGGGGUGAUAAUUGCACCAAUCUUGUAGCUGCUGCUGGUUCACAUGGAAAUCCACCUAACUGGAUGUAUUGGCAAACUAUGGCUGCUGGUGGGGGAGCUUCCUUGGCACCUGUUGUUCCGGCCGAGCCACCGCCGCCCCAGGUUCCGGUCGAGCGGUCCACCAUGCAGGCGCAGAAUUGUCAUCAGGGUCGAAAUGCAUCGUCUGAUAGGAGACAGGGUUGGAAGCCUGAGAAGAAUUUGAGGUUCCUUCUACAAAAGGUGUUGAAGCAAAGUGAUGUUGGAAGUUUGGGGAGAAUUGUUUUACCAAAAAAAGAAGCAGAAACACAUUUGCCAGAACUUGAGGCAAGAGAUGGAAUUUCAAUUACAAUGGAAGACAUUGGAACUUCUAGAGUUUGGAAUAUGCGCUAUAGAUUAUUUCUUUCUUGGAGCAUCAGAUAUUGGCCAAACAAUAAAAGCAGGAUGUAUUUGCUUGAGAACACUGGCGAUUUUGUGAAAGCUAAUGGACUCCAAGAGGGAGAUUUCAUAGUGAUUUAUUCUGAUGUGAAGUGUGGCAAAUUUAUGAUAAGAGGAGUGAAAGUGAGGCAACAACAAGGGGCAAAACCAGAGGCAAAGAAAGCAGGAAAAUCACAUAAAAACCAGCAUGGGAAUAAUGCAACAAAUUCAGCUGGAACAGCAGUGGCUAAUAAUGGCACGCAAUCUUCACCAAAGCGAAAAAAUGAAAAGAUACUAAAUUAAUAUUAUUAAAUAUAGUAUGAAUGUAUAAUAUAUAUAUAUUUAAAUUUAAAUAUAUAGUAGAAUAAAUAAAAGUGACUCUGAACACACACGGGGCUCACAAGGAUCUGAUGUGUUAAAUAUAAAUAUUUGUUUUGGAAUUUAAUUGCAAAUUGUUGUGAAAAUGAUGUAUGGAUGGAUGUAUAUGUAACUUUCUUGUGUUGUCCAUUUUGUAACGUGGAUUUUGAAGUUUAUUGGGAACCAUGCAUGAUGCAAAUGAAACAAUAA